AUGGUGGAUAUCAAAGGAAGCUAUCCAAGUCCUUGUCUCGAUGAGGGCAGAGCACAACUGCAACUACAGAAACAAAUGCUGUCUCAGUUGAUCAACCACAAAGAUACCAUGAUCACUCAUUUAGGAGUCGCCCAAGAAAGGUUGAAAGACAAGAAAGUGCUUCUCGUUCUUGAUGAUGUGGAUCAGUUAGCACAACUAGAUGCAUUGGCCGGAGAAAAUCGGUGGUUUGGUCCUGGAAGUCGGAUUAUCAUCACAACAGAAGAUCAAAGAAUAUUAAACGCACAUGGGAUCAACCAUAUUUACAAAGUGGAUUAUCCAAAUGAUGAAGAGGCCCUUCAAAUGUUUUGCAUGCAUGCUUUUGGUCAAAAGUUCCCAUGUGAUGGUUUUGAGGAGCUUGCUCGAGAAGUUAUAGAACUUUCGGGUAAACUCCCUUUGGGACUAAGGUUUAUGGGCUCCUACUUCCGAGGAAUGUCCAAGGAUGAGUGGACAAAGGCUCUACCAAAAUUAAGGAAUCGCCUUAACGGAGAAAUUGAGGCAUUUUGA